AUGAAUACCACUAGUCUGGAUUGUCUACACGAAUGGAGAGAAAACAUAACGUCAAUACCAAACGCAACUAUUUGGCAUAUGUGUCUAAAACAACCAAAUUGUAAGUACUGAUAAAUAAAUGUAAACAUGUGCUAAACAAUACCAGGAAUUUGUAAUUAGAAGAGAGACUGAUUUAAAUCUCUGUCAAUAAAUUCUUGAAUGUUUAGAAGAAGAUGCGGCCAUGUUUUGGUGUAACCUCAUUUGUUAAGCCCAAUACGACUUGUUUUAUAUGAUUGUUAUUCUAUCGUAUGAAAGCGACUUCUGACGCCACUAUUCCUGUUUGCCCUGUUUAUCAGUAAUGGUUUAUAAUACACAAUUGUACACUACACAAUAUUUCGUAAAAUUGUCGCAUGCAAGCUGUUUACAACUUGAAUUGUCCUGUGUAGAUCAUGCACACAACCAGUAGCGUAGCCAGGGUCUAAACGUUGGGGGAGGAGGGAAAAAUUUUUUUGGCGUUUCAAAUGCGAGCGCCAAAGGCGCGAAGAAUCUAGGCAGACCCUAUUUCACGUAUUUUAGGACGAGGUUUGAAAGGUUAUAACCACAAAGUGCCAUUUUUAACUCCCUUUAUGUUGUUAGAUCGAAAAAUAUAUUUGUAAAACCUUGUACUGUGCACGCAAAUACAACAGCAAAAUAGCAUGAUGUCUUCGUAUUUUAAAAUUGAAUGAAGCUUGCUUGGCCGGCAUAUUUGAACUUUAAAGUCGGUCAAGACUCGCCGGCUAAGCUCACACAUUCAAGUUCAAAUGUGCUUUUUGCAACCAUAGAAGGAAGACUACAACUUUUAUUGAUGAAUAGAAGAAAUAAGUAUCAUCUUUCCACACUCCCCCCCCCCGCCAAUUUUAUCCCGGAUUUAAGCUUUUCACAAGGGCAGUCUUUCGGCCAAUUGGAGCGUCCGAUCUCCGCCCCCCCCUCUUGCCUCCACCUUAGCUACGCCACUGCACACAACUCGCCCACGUUGUCGUAGAUAGGCCUUUAUUCACCACCAAGUUAAGUAAGAGAACCGAUGAUGCGACGUGUAUAUAAUGAAUCAGGUAUACGAAUGAUUGUUUCUAGGCACGGUGAAAAGAGUUAUAAUUCAAUUAAAGGAUUUAUUUGUGGACAUCAGCCAUUUAUCGUAUGUAUAUUGUAUAUAAUAUUUCACAUUGAUAAUUAACCAUUAUUCGCCGAAUGCGAAGUGAUUACCGGUGAAUAUAUUCCCCGAGACAAAAUGGAGGUGAAUAUUCACGGUGAAUAUUCACCGUAAAUGAAACAAAAUAUCCAAAUAUUAUUUCGGCCGGUUUUACGGUUAGUGUUGCAGUGUUUCUUGUACACGCACGCUCUCAAAAUGGCUUCCUGUGUGACUUUUUUGCUUUAUUACAAAGCUGUUUUUCUUGAUUUCUGCUUAGAACAUAAACACUACGAACUGAAUGAUGCAGGGAUGACUUUUUCACCAGACAUAGAAUUAAAAAAAUAGUUUCUGUUUAGCAUUAAUUUUUUCAGGAAAUGGCUGAGGAAAUUGGUAAAGUGGAACGUAAAACAAUUGCUCGAAUGCCUCGUAAUAAGAUUUAAUACACUUUUCACUUUACAAGUUUCGAAAACACAAUACAGCGGCAGGACACCAUAUACAGCACAAUGAAAACAUGACAUAUCAAAGAAAUAGUAUCGUAUACAAAUUGAGAUACCUAUAGGACACAAAACAGAAUGGUUUUAAAAGAAUAUCACGGCAAGUUUUGCCCAACACUGCAACAGUUGGGAUAGUUUUUGCUAUUUGUUUGAAGUGAAUGUUUCGGAGUUUUAAAUUGUUUGUGAAUACGUUUGAUACAGUAAAAUGAUAAAGGAAUCCUUGACUUUUCAAGUUAAAUACAACAUUUUGUGCUUUUUUCGUUUUCUGGGGACGAUUUUUUUCAAAAUUUCGUCGAUUUUGAAACCAAAAUUGCCGAAUCAUUCUUCUUGAAAGGCAUUACAGGUUGUAAAUAAUGCGUCAGAUUUACCAGUCAACUAGCCAUUCAGAACGCGCGAAAGCUCAUUUGAUAUGCAAAAUUUAUACUAAUAAAUAAUAACAUGCGUUCUGGUCAUGAAUUUGAUUUUAAAUGUUGUCGAUUAUUGGCAAGUUUUUGAAAAACGGUUGAAAGGUUUGUUUCUGCUAGCUUCUGGUACAAGGAUUUUCCAGCAGUGACUGUUUAAUACCGAUAAAAAAACAAAACAGAUAAGCUUUAUUUUAUUAAAUUAAUGCGCGCCAUAUUUAGCUUUUCGAAAUGUAAAUGAGUUUUCCGAUUCAAAUAUUGAUCUCUAGAACACUAUAUAAUUGUUUAUGGUCAUUAUUCAAUUGUUGGUCAUUAUCUAAUUGGUCAUUAUGAUUUUCAACUUCGUAAGAAAGAAAAAAGCAUGGAGUUGCAUAUAGAGAAACAAUUUAUUGCUGCAUGCAUGUUUUCGGAAAAGAACCAUGAAGGCCAAGCAAGAUUUCUAGCUGAUUUUUUUCAUGCAAACCUGACAAGGUGAAACUAGCAUAUCUAUUAAGGUUUGCCCAUGUUUACACGCCCGUAGGUGAAGCAUAUCUUUGAAAAAAAUAUUUUGGGAAAACAUAUUCACUGAUGAGCCUAAUUUUACCUUUUCAAACGUUUUUAAUGUUUAUUUUGUUUUUGUUUUUUCAGCAACUCGUCUCCUCUUGCGUAUUCCGACAUUAUAGUAUUAGACUAUAUUGCAAAUGGACAACAAAUAUCGAAAUUAAAGGGAAAUGAAAAAGUAUCUUUAAAAUUUUCCAAGAAGCUGGAAAACAUCACAAGAGAACAAGUAAGCCACGAUUGUAGAAACUUUAUGCAUAUCAACGUUGUGAUGUAUCGAAUGGAGAAACACGGGGUUUGAAUGACGUCGACCAAAAAUGGUAUUCAGUCUCAUUCAAUUCUGUUCAGUCCGUGAUAUUUUACACUUUCCAUUCGCAUCGUGUUUGCCUGUUUCUAAAGCUAUUCCAUUUUUCCACAGUAUGGACAUAACGCCAGUCUAGACCUGUAACCUUCGCUUUUUUUAUAUAUUAUACUAUAUUAAAUAGCUUACAUGCAUGACUAAGCAAAUAUUGUUAAAGAUUAAAGAAAACGCCUUGUCCACAAAUAACGUCAACGGACAUGAUUGUGGUCAACUUUUCUACCAACGAACUGGCACAGUAUUGCGCAUAUGAAAUGCGUCAAGAUGCCAAAGUCAUCCUCUGACUAACACUAUAAAAGUAGCUUCACGCGUCAGUGAACAUGCAUUAUCAAUGAUUAAGAAUUAAGAAAUAGGAACGAGACUCGACUCCCAAGAAACUCCAUCGCUGAAAACGAAGCUGCUUUAAUUAACACGCUGAUAUUAAACAAUUGCAAAGAAGACAACAUGGAUAUCUUGUGGAUAACUGAUACAUUACGAAUUACACUUAAACUGUUGAACUGUUGCUAUCAAGUUGCAAUGCUCACAGCUCGGACAGACAUGUUUUAAUAUGCAUGUGGCCUAAUUAACCAUAUUAUCAUAUAUAGCUUAAUAUAACCAAUGCUUUGCUAGUAAAAUAUAUAUAUCAAAACAAAAAAAUGCUUAGAUUUACAUUGUUUUGUUGCGAGUAAGCAAAACCAGAGCAGCCCGAUGAAAUAUUUGGGACCGGCUCGUAACAAAUUGGGGGCACGCCCUGGAAUAUUUUCUCUGUGCAUGUACUCGCCCGGCAAAACUUUCUCUUUGCAUGUACUCGCCCAUGCAGGAACAUUUUCUCUUUGUAUUUGCUUGGGAAAUUUUUGAUUUUCAGAAAGUUCCAUUUGCGUAUUUGAGAGUUUUGGCGCGAAUAUAAUUUAAAAAGCUUGUGUGAUGUUACUCUGAGUGCAUAUCCACACCGGGCAGGCUUGAAAAAUAUGUCUGGCCACGAUGGGAAUCGAACCUACGACCGUUGGAAUACUAGCCCAACGCUCUGCCAACUGAGCUACACGGUCAGGUCGGUUCGAGUAUGUGAUAUUUCGGAACUGAGUCCAGUUCCUUCGCCUGGCCACAGUUGUCCGUAAUUCUUUACAGCUCCCAAACGUGAUGUCUCAUUAACUUUAAUUUAUAUAUUGUUAUAUAUAAAUUUGCUUGUUCCAGGUAAUUUGCCUGUUUUUGGAUGGCAAUCAAUGGAAUAAAACAGGGACAGAAGUUGGUUCGAUUGAAGGAGAAAAUAUUGAAUGUUUGACAAAUCAUUUAUCGAGUUUUACAAUGGUUGUACUUAAGGCGGGAAAGGUAUAUAUUAUGAUAGGAACGAGAAUUAAUUUAUUAAUAUUUUUCAAUUUUAGUUACUGCGUUGGUUUUAUUUUUUAUCUUUUCAUAUCUAGUUAUAUUUUUGUCUUCUAUAACACAGUUUUCCCAGAGCAAUAUAUAGGUGUUGAAAUUUUAGGCUGGAAAUAAUAUUUUGCCACAAAAUUUGUAGCAUAUUCAUUAAUGACGUCAGUGUUUUACCAUUUUUAUGCAACGUACGAAAGGAUGGCAUGCACGCACCCAAUUCAACCGAACAAGAACUUGGUAACGGAAAACAUUAAAUAACUAUAUCUAUAGGUUAGAAAUUGAUAGUAGAAUUUAUCGUUUUCGGGGCUAGCUGAAGGUCAUUAAACCUCAGGUUGUGAUCUUGAAUCCCAUUUUUUUAAAUUAAGGGACCGGUCAUAAAGUAACUGCUAGGGUGGGCCGGAGGAAAUAAGGAUGGGCCAUGAAAUUAUUUUCAUUAGUUUGGGUGGGCCAUCAAUUUGUUUUUGUGCAAAUGGAUGGGCCAUAAAACGCAUAUAGCCUGUUUGCACUCAAUACAUACUAUAAGUAUAACUACUACACAACAUUCCUAUUAAAAAAAAUCAACAUUCAAUAUAACAAAAUAAUAGAUUUAAAGUGAAUUCAAAAUUAAAUAAAAAACAUAAUCCUGUUAUUGUUAAUAUCAUUAAUAUUUUGCAAGUCACAUGCAUCUACUGGCAUUGAUUUUUAAAUAUCCACAUCACCCUUCCUCAGAAUCAGAUUCUGAUGAUAUAGAAUUUGACUAAAGAGAUGAUAUUUCCAAUGAUUUUUUGACAAAAAAAUCAAGUGUACAUUGUUUUUUCCAACAACUGCUGUUUUUCGCUUUCUUUUGACUUGCUACUUGUUUUUGCUUCUCCAAUGAAGUUACAAUUUCAUUUACUUGUUCUACAGCAUCAUCUUCAAAAUAAUUCUUGGCAAUUAAAGUUUUUAAUGCUGUCAUAUGGUACCUUGGUUUAAGUUAUUUAAUAGGCUCAGCACACAAAUCUACUUGAGAGAUUUUUUCAUUACCAUUCUCCAAAGACUCAUACUUGAUUCUGCAUGCACUUGCAAAAUCUUUAUGACAUCACACACAGGGAGCAGAGGAGUCGAGUUUGUCUAGUAACACAAGACAAAUACCAUCUUGACGUCUUCUACAAUGUAGAAUCCCAAUGUGUGCAUUAAAAUGCAUAUUUAUUCAUCAAAAUGAUCGAAUAUGAACCAAACUAUUUACCAAAAUAUUCCAAUUGAAAAUAAUAUUAAAAUAUUCCACUCCUUUGCAUUACCGUAGACUCGUAUUUUCCGAAAAGCCAACGAACACUGGCCGAGCAGCACUUCCACACGUUGUUAAAGUAUUGGGUUGUAAUAGGUCUACAAUUUCAAUAACACUAAUCCAAACGUUAAUCCUAAUCCUAACCCUAACCUCUAAUUCCUAAUCUCUAACCCCUAACCUCUAACCCUAAAGUUGAUGACCUUUUUCUUAAUAAUUAUUAUCAAAUAAAGAUUCUUCAAUUUCAAAUCACAUUUGGUGAGUAAACUACUAAAUAUGUAACCAAUUAAUUUGUUCUAUUAAGUUAUGAGAAAGCGCAUGGUUUGACCAAAGUGACUGCUAUACUGUACAUAUCCAUGUAUAGCAGGAUGGGUCGUGAAAUUUUUCCAAUGACCUACGAUAGGCUUUGAAUUAUUUGCAGGUUCUCAGGAUGGGCCACCGUUUUUUUUUUGGAAAACCUAUUUUUCCAUCGGCCCACCCUAGCAGUUACUUUAUGACCGGUCCGGAAAUGUUGGCGAUGGGGGAUUCAAACAUUUGCCUGACUUAAUAUUGUUCCUUCUUGCAUGAUGAUUUUAAGUCUGAUCAUUUUAAGGUGGCUUGCUACACUUUUUAAAAAUUAAAGAUUUUCUUGCUUUGAAUAUGAAUUUCUGGAGAGUUAUUAUUUGUUUAAUUAAAAACAAAGAGUAUCUGACUAGUAUAACACAAUAACUAUAAGUUCGGGAUUUUUAAAUAAACUACUCCUAACUUCCGUUGCUAUGAAAUUACCGACCUUUUUUCGAGUUAAAUUACUUUAAACAUAAAAUAACCGCCAUCUUGUGACGUCGUAGUAGCCAUAGCAACGGCUGUUAGGCGUUGCUUGUUAAAAAGUCCGAACUUUUUAGUUUUUGUGUUAUGUUUUAGAGUAUCUGACUCUUUGUUUUUAACAGUAAUAAAUUGUCCAGAAAAUCAUAUCUAAAUCAGAAAAUCUUUAAUUUAGAAAAGUGUAGGAGGCCACGUUAAUAUUUCUUUAUUUUCCCCCCAAAUGUGUCCUUUAUUUUCAGAUCAAAUUUUGAAAUGUUGGGGGCUCCCCCUCCCCCCCACUCCGCCGGUUUUGCCGGUUAUACAAAAAUGAGUAUAUCUGUAUAUUCAAGAAUAUAUUUCGUUAAUUUAGGUCAGUGAAUCGAAUAAGGUUGCUUUGAAGUUCAUCACUUAUAUUGGAUCUGGACUUUCACUGGCUGGACUGUUUAUCACAUGCGUUGUUUAUAUUGUUCUUUAGUAAGUAUGGUAUGAUUGCUGGAAACUAAACAAAGUGUCUAUGUAUUUUUGCAACCAGCUGCGGUAAGGGCAUACGUGUAUUAUUAGGCUUAAACUAGCGUGAUUUUAGUCUUUCCACUUGUAAUGUCUGUUGCAACACAGUUAACUGUGGUUGUAGGCAUUUCUGCUUUUCAAACUGGUGACAACUCAAAAAAUAUAUUUCUAUUUUAAGGCUUACAACCGACGUCGACACGAUUUCAAGAUUUUAAGGAAACGUUGUUUCUUGGUUGUCUGUUAUUUGUCUGUUGUUGGUUGUCUAAUGUCUGUCGUCCGUUGUCCGUUGUGCAUUGUGCAUUGUGUUGUAAUGUGUUGUGUCUUCUCUAUUGUCUAUUAUCUGUUAUCAGUACUCUGUUAUUUGUCGUUUGUUUUUUGUCAAAAGAAAUUACUAUAAAUGCUUAAUUAAUAAUAAUCUUUUAUUAUAAUAAUUUUUCUUGUACUAAUUAUAUUUAUUCUUGUAUUAUACUAAUUUCUCUUGUAUUUUUUUCAUUGUUUUAUUUGUUUUUAAAUUUCAGCAAAGAUCUUCAGAUUUUAACGACAAGUCGUCACUUAGUACAUUUGAACUUGCAGAUUGCUUUGGGAUUGACGCAGCUUGUCUUUCUCGCGGGUGGAAGUGUCACAAAUGACAAGGUUGGUAAUUUAUAGCCUUCUGUAUGGACGUCUCAGCUAGUACACGUUGCAAUAUUUUGGAUCACUCCUAUCAAUAACAAUAUUAACUCAAUUCCAACUAUGCGAGAAAAAUUGCACCAAAAACACACCGUGUUAUCACCGCUCAUGCACGUGUGUUUUACUAAUAAACAUAUAUUGUAGUUUUAUAUUCUUCAGUUGUUGGUCUCUUGCGUGUUUGUGUUGAAUGUAUUCAAGUGUAAACUCGUCAAAAAUAUUUGAGUUGCCUGUGUGAGAUAUUGUUGCCCGAAAGCUUUCUUGGUCAACAUUUAACAAUUAUUCCCCCAAGGCGAGGUGAUUAUUGGUGAAUAAAAACCGAGACAAGGUUGAGGUUUUUAUCCACGAUAAUCACCACGCCUGUGGUGAAUAAUUGUUUUAGUAUAAUUUCAUACUAGGUAAUUAUUUGAAAAAAAAUAUAUACACAUUUCUUCGUCAUUUAAUUGAAAAAAAAACGACUUUGGCCGCCAUUUCGAAGAUCGCUUAGGUGAUUAUCACAUUAUAAUCACCUCAACGGCAACCAAUCAGCGUGGAAAAUUUUCAAUAUUAAAUCACCUAUGCAUUUAUACUAAUAAUAUAUAUUAUCUAACCUCAGAAUUCCACAUGAAUUGCUGGAAAGCAAUCGACUUUGCAUGAUUGCAAGCAAAUGUUAUUGUCAUUUACUUAUUCAUUUUCUCAACGUUGAUUGGCUAAUUUUCGUACAAAACACUGGUAAGAAUAAUACGUCAACUGCAAAUACUGAUGCAAAUAAUGGUCUGACCAUGCAUACGCACUUUUGAAAUUAAUUCUCAAUUGCAAAACAUCGAUUUGCGCAUUUAAGAUUAUACCAAUUAACGAUUAAAGAUUAUACCAACAUUAAAUUAGAUUAUACCAUUAAAGAUUAUACCAUUAAAGAUUGUACCAACUAAUUAAUUUGCGCAUACCAAUUAAUUAAAUUGUUCUUAUUCUUUUUUUAUAGAUAAUUUGUAAAGUUAUAGCAAUCUUGGUGCAUUAUUUUUCUUUGACUGGUUUCACAUGGAUUCUCCUUGAAGCUGUAAUGCUGUAUUUAAAACUUAUUUUAGUGUAUGAUGGGGAGUUUGUGAGGAUGAAGAAUUUCCUGUUAUUUGGUUGGGGUAUGAUUUAUAUCUGUAAAAUUAAUGCAUGUAAACUUUUUUGUGGUCGUAAAUUAAACUCAGAAAAAUGUAUAAAGUAUUCAAAGUUUCUCCGUGCAGCUAGGGAUUAAUAAAACAAAGAGAGUUCGCCAUGAUGGAUGCAAGUUCAAUUUCAAACAACAACAAUCCUUCGCUAAAUUCAUUCAACAUGGCGGCUUUGACAUAUUUAUUUACACAAUUAUCGAUAUAUCUAGUAAUCUCCGAAAGCCUUUUAAUUACUGUUGCUACAUUAAAUAACUGUCUAAGAAAUACUUGACAAUAAAUUUUCCAGAAUGAAAUCAUUGAUACUUUAUAAAUUAUUAAAGAUGAAGUCCACUCUUGUGCGCAUGCGCGAACUUUACGAACACUUUUCUGGUUCGCUAUGCUUGUAAAUGAAUAUAAACUGUACGUUUCAAUUCAAAAAAGUUCGAAAGAUGCAAAAUUUGGGCAAUGUUUAUAUCUGGGGGUCCCCUUUUGUUAUGUGCAGAACUGAUGCGCAGAACGGAGUUGGAAAUCAUCGGCUUUAAUAUAAUGUAAGGUAAAAAGGUUUACGAACAGAAAUUUACCGCAAAAUCAGGUGCAUGUAAUAUGGUAGCAACCUAAAUUCUCUCCCCCCUCACCCACCCCACCCCGUAUCAAUAUUUUAAGUUAUUUAAACCAUGAAAUGUCCAAAUAAAGCUCUCUAUAUAAUGGUAUACGACUUUCCCAUUCCCAUUUUUUUUGCAUGCAAUAUAUGGCAUGCAACUAUCAUAUAGCUUAAAAUUCGUGUCCGUUGGUGAAACUUGCGGCAGAUCACGUGGGACGAGUUGUGAUAAUAUAAACAAUAAGCAUAAAUAUAAGUUUUGAAUCGUGUGCAAGUUUUCUUCUAUGGUUUUCGUCGAGCAAAUGCAGAGAAAAUGUUGAUUGUUCGCCGAAAAUUUACAUAAUCGAGCGCCUUAGAAAAAUACAUCGAGGUAGGUAAAGCUUUGCUGUUUUAAUUUACUUUAUAUUCUGUUAUUUAAAUUAUUUUGUUGUGAUUUUGGAGCCGUUGUGCUCGCACUGAUUAUUUAUCAGGCGUUUAUUAUAUAGCGCGACUGAAUAUAAUACUCAAACUGAAAUGGAGUUAUUGUGCUCGCAUUGAUUAUAUUGUGUGCAAAACUUCAAAACUACAGUACAUUUUGUAAAUAACAUGAAAUAUAUUAAAAAUAUCAAACAAAAUUCUCAUUAAUACUAUUGAAAUUACAAUAGCAUUCUACGUCGAUAAUUUCAAUCAUAGUUUAAUAAUUAUUUUCGAUCUGUAGCAAUUCACCGUUUCCAUGUUUUUUUAUACUUUCAAUAAAGCUACAAUAAAGCUAAAUUUGUAGGAAAUAACAUUAUUUAGUUAUAAAAUAGUAAAGGAAAUAUAACAGUCAAUCGCUUUCGAUAAAACCUUGACCUUGUUUAUAUUACCGUCGUUCGCAACUAACGGUGAACAGUCGCUCUAAAAACAUUGCCUGUUCGCGUGAGAAUCUAAAGUUUUCUUAUUUUGACAUAAUAGCUAUUUUUCAAUAAAUAUAUUGAUAUUAAACCUAUUGAAUCAAUAGUUUAAGUUUCAGGCCAGUUGUACCAAACGUUAUAAGCGCUGGCGCAUCAUAACCAGGGGGGGUGACCAGGGUGACCAUAUAAGCGCCCUGGGGGGUGACUGCUUCUGUUUACGGUACUUGCUGAGUGACGAACCAUCAAUCAUGACGAAUAGCGCUUACGCGAAAAACAAAGGAAAUGGACUUCUUUAUAGUAUUCUGUGUCAUAAGGUUUAAUGGUUUUGAAUAUUUAGGGCGGUCGGACUGUAGGUCUGUUUUCAGGCUAGGUUUUGAUGGCAUGCAACAUGUACGCACUGCGUACCUAUUUUUGUGUCUGUCAUUCACAGUCCCAGUAACACUAACUCCAUUUCCCAUUCCAUAAAAUAGGCAAAGCGCGCCGGUUCCCAUUUUGUCCCUUCAGGACCCUAUUUGUAAUUUAAUUUAAUGAUAUAUUACGUAUGUUUAGCGAUCACUAAAAAAUAAAUUUUCUUACAAGUGAUGCAUGUUUUUGAAAUAUAAACAGGAUUCCCUUUGCUGUUGGUUGGUUUAUCUGCUGGGGUGAAGAAUGAUGCUUAUGGUAACGAGCAAUGGUAACUGAAAUUAUUGAAUUUGAUUUCUUUCUCAUAACAGUAUAUUUGAGCAUUUCAUCAUAGCAGUUACCGGUGCAAAAACGAUUAGCUUUAGUGUUUCACAUAUUACAUAUUAUUAUAUUUGUAAAUAUAUCAGGAUUAUUUUGGGUAUCUCACUGGAUUGAAAAGUGUAAUUUUUUAUACAUUUAUUUAUACCUAACCAGGAGCAGUAGUCAAAUAUGCAACUAUAUAAUAUAGGCCCUCUGACAAGAAUCUGACCUAUGUCGUUGUAUUUUCUUGUAAAUAUUUACCAAAAGCGGAAAUAUUACCGACAUCAUUUAAAAGAAUAAGCUAUACCCGCAAGUAAGAUUGGAAUAGCAAGUUAUUGUUUGCUAGGGGCAACCUUGAAUCAUUCACGAAUUGAACCGAAAAUUGAUACGAUUGGUGUUUAUAAUUACAAUGAGAGUGUUGCAAAAAGUGAAUGCGCGUGUAUGAAACUGUUUUUUACUUGCAUUAUUUCAAUAUUAGUUUGUAAAUCUCUGAAAGGUAAAACUUGCCGCCAAUACUCCAAAAAUACGUAUGUUUCAGAAAGGACAAAGACUUUUAGACUUCCAGAGUUACAAUCUCAAACGUGUAAGGCACUAAUAAGACCAAAGUUUCACGACGGGGGGGGGGGGAUAUUCCUAGGGUAUUCGCCCACUUGGAAGAGCGGAUCGAAACGCCUCACCGGUUCUUUGAUGCAGAAAUUGAUUCGGUCACAUCAUUUUAUAUUAAACACAAGCCCAAUCCGGUAUGGGUUUGCAUCGCUACACAAGAUUUCCGAUACAAUGCAUGCAAACGUAACAUUACUGUUUCGUCUGUGAAUAAGGGUAGACGCCUAAAUUUAAGCAUGCAUGGAUGGAUUUGAUUUUACCUAAUAGUUAAAAAUUUAAUUUUGUUCAGGUGCUGGCUGUCUGACAAAGACGGAUUUCUAUGGAUUUUCUAUGCACCAGUGAUCAUCAUAACAUCGGUAUACUAAGCAUUUCAAUGUUUUAAGUACUAGUUAAAGCAUGAGCAGCCGAUCUCUAUCUGAUAUAUACAACCGGUCUUAUGAGUUCAUUGGCAAAGUAAUUUUAAAAAUAAAUAUUGUCUAAGCCGAGAAAAUCAAAGCUGACGAUUAUGUAAAUUCGGACAAAUCUUUAUCCGAUUUACAAACAUUGAUUAAACAUUCAUUUCUUUUGUAUUUUCCUCAUGAAUUGUUAAUGAGUUUUUUAAUUAUAAUGUGUAUAAAAUUAAUUAAUUUAUUUUCAUAUUUAUCGACAGGUAACUCUUGUUACCGUAAUUGCUGUGGUUCGUGUGUUGUGUAUCGCGUCAAAGUCGGAAGGAGCAGAUGCCAAGAAGAGAAUUAUGUAAGUUACAUCAUUUGUAAAAUAAUGAAAUUUUGAUAUUCACAUCAUGUUAUUUCCUCAAAAAAUUGUUUCAAAGCAGUCACGUCUUAAGGCUUUUCUUAAUGCAUGUUGUUUCUGUUUUUACAAUACUGCACAAGUGUCGUAUUUUGAUAUUUUGAUGCUGCUAAUGUCAUAAUCCACUUCCUGUUUGAUUGUCCCUGAGGCUCUUAAAUGCAAUACAGCAGAUCGCAGAAACUAUAACCGAAAUAUUUGAAGGUAAAUUUCAUUAUAUCUUCUCUAGUUCUGCUGCCCGUGGUGUUGUUAUAUUAUUCCCUACUCUUGGAUUAGCAUGGGGAUUCAGUGUUAUCGCCGUUAAUCAUGAUGCCGUGGUCUGGAAAUAUCUCUUCGCAAUUUUUACUUCGUUGCAGGUGAGGGAGUAAAUAAUAAUUCCUCAGUGUUAUACAGGGUGUCCCAAAAAAAAGUAUAGAGAUAUUAUCCCUCUAUAGAUAUUAUCCUAUUGUUGUUAAGCACAGGAUUUUAUGCGACUGGUAAUUAAAAAUACAAUUCAAAUGUGUUUACGAACUCUUGUGUUCAGCAUAGUGCUCAGGCAUUCAAAUUAUAACAAUAGGAUAAUUUCUAUAGAGGAUACUUUUGGGGGGACACCCUGCGCAUUCAGGGUGUAAAGAAAACGAGACCCUUGGAAAUUAAUCUAUUGUUGUUGAAGCACAAUAUAUUUUGGUCCUGAUAAUUAAAAAUUCGAUUCAAUUUUUUUUCGCACUCUUGUGUUCAGCGUAGUGCUAAUAGCAUUCAAAUUAGAACAAUAAGGUUAAUUUCUAAAGGUCUCGUUUUUUUAUACACCCUGUAUAGGAUACCCACCAAGUGGUAGGUUUUUCAUUGAAUGAAAUUAUGUUAUAAUUAUUUAGUUAUGUUGUUUACAUCUCACCCAUUUUCCAUUGUUCUCAAUCGGUUUUGGAAGUUUUGUUUUUUGCAAAGCAAGAAACAAUUUUGUAAUUAGCUAUCUCACUCAAAUAUACAGUGUGUACAAAAAAAACUGAACCCUUUCAAAUUCAAAUUAGCUAUAACGUAUUGUAGUAAUUUGACAGCUCUAAUUGCUUUGAAUUUAUGCUUGGGUAAGACUCAUGGGACGAAACUCAAAGAAAUAAAAAUUAGAAAAUUUAAAAGUUUUUAAGAGUUUUAUCCCAUGAGUACAAGACCUUUUUUUCUUACCCAACAUUAAUUCUAAGCUAUUAGAGCUGUCAAAUUACUACAAUACGUUAUAGCUAAUUUGAAUUUGAAAGGGUGCAGGUUUUUUUUUUAUACACACUGUAUGUUGUUUAAUAAAAUCACUGUAUUUAAUUAACCGCACUAUUUUUGUUAUUCAAAAACUCUGAGUACAUUGAUCACAAUCAUGCAGGAUAAAAAAAAACCUUUGUUGCGUUGGAAAUUUAAAAUCAUCAUUAGUAACAUAUAUGCAAAUACUUAGUAAUUCAUUGCGGUACGGAAUGUUGGAAAACUGCAGACUUCCAUAGAGGAAGCUUGUAGUUUUAACAUUUGGAAUUAAAUUUGAGCUGGUCAUUUGAGGUGAUAUAGGCUGACCCUUUGAGCUUUGGCUUUUCUGAAAGGCCACACAGAGUACGGGAAUGCUAUAGAACCAGCGUUCCAGCGUAUAAAAGGAUGCAGAAAGCAAAGAAAUGUGAAUACAGUUCGCGAACGUCAAGGAACAAGAUCAACUGAUAUGGUCGAUCUGUAAAAUUUAAGGAAUAACGCUUUUCUUUAAUUUCACAUUGUGGUUUCAUUUUGACGUGUUUGUUUGCCUGGUAUCAGGUUUUGAAUUUUUAAUUCUAGACCUAUACCGGGUUUUUGAAUUAUGGAUUCAAAAUCUGGAAAUAUUGAUAUCAGGUUUUGUACGGUCGAAACCCAAAACUGAUUGAGAACAAUCGAAGGUAUCCGAAAACCGUAGGACUGGAUGAUACAUCCACUAUGCAAAAUAGAUGCAUCCAUCCGGAGAGCACUUUAAACCUUGGUUAUAGAGCCUCGUUUUUAUAAACUAAUUGUAAUUGUCCUGGACAGCUUUAUCGGUUCUAAGCUAUUCUUUUUUGAGAUUAACAAACCCGUAACCGAAUGAAAUUUUGCUCCUCAUAAAUCAAACCCUAUGCAUGAUUAACUACUGUACUAUAAAUUACCGAAAGUUAUUGGAGACAAAAUUACUGAAGGGAUGUAAACCUCCGAGCAGGACACUGCUUUAAAUCCGUACUACCGGAUAGAGCACCAUUUAAACUCAACGAGCCAAAUGAAAAACUAGAAUAUUGAAAUUGGUGAACAUUACGUCACACCAGUAUAUUUAAAAACAUAAUAGCGUGACGUAAUGUUCACCAAUUUCUAUUUAGAGAACAUGUCUACACUCCCACCAAAAGAAAGGACCUGUUGCAAUCUCUUCUAACAUGUAAACAGCAAACUUUAAAUUAAUUUGUGGUGGUAAGAUCAAUAUGAUUGUAAUGGCCAUCGACUUUAAUACACAUUUCUGGAAUGUGCUCAGUCUUGGCUAUAGAGCAUCGUUUUCGUGAUUGAGAUAUUCGGUUUUAUUAGAGCCCUUUUAUCUUCUUACUGAUGACUCAUUUACGAAAUCAUGCAGUUAUAUCGUGUGAAUUAAAAUAUCUGUUUAUAACUGCAUGUGUUAUCCGCAGUUAGAAAUAAACUGCUCUGAACCCUGAAUAUCUUAAUCACGAAAACGAAGCUCUAUAACCCGAGCACAUCACUGAAGAGUGACCAUCGCAAUCAUAUCGAUCUUACCAUUAGGCCGUAUGCUGUGACCUCGCUCGAAAAGUGCCUUUUCAUUUCGCCUGUCUUGGAACUGAAAUAUUUUUACGGGAACUAUAACACUUUCGAACACGCUGAGUUCAAAUCCGAAAUGUUCUCGCUCUAUAGACCUGCAGUUUUCUCACGUAAUCACUAAUUUCACGACAACUUUUUUCAUUGUUCAACGACACGGAUCGAUGACGACAAACGAUUAUGUCACUCUAAAAGACCAAUUUCUAUUAACCAGUCUUCCUUUUAACAAAAGACCGAUUUUGCUCGAAUCAUUUUGAGUUAUGUAAUAUUAUGCGUGUUGGACGUAAACAACAUAUCUUGUCUACAACUUUGGGAGGGUACAGAUAAAGCUUUCUGAAAUCCUCAGUUCUGGGUCUAUCUCAAUAAAAUUACAAGGACGUUAAUGCUAAGUCUUUUGGCUAUGUCUCUGGGCUGAGAAGUAAUUCCUUACAUGCGAUCAAAAUGUUUUAUACAACGAUGUAAAACGGUGAUGUUAUGUAAUGGGUCAGCAUUUAAAUUUCCAGCACAGUUUUUGAGACGUAAUUCAAGAGGUAACUUAUUAUUGCAUUUGAACUAUCAUAUUAGUUGCAUGGUGUUACUCUAUGCGAUAAGCAAGUAUUAUUGGAAAGAGGACUUUCGUAUACGUUGUAUAAUCACCAAAUAAACAGCUCAUGCACACAUUUCUCCACUUCGUCGUACGUUUACAGAGCAGAUCUUAUACUUUGGCACUGAUAUUUGUCUUUAAUGUGAACAUUUAUUCUUCUAGUUUAAUUUAAGAUUAUUUAAGAGUGAUCCUGUCAUAAAUCUUCUAUACCAGCAACCCAUCGACGAUAUUUCAUUUUAGUGUUGUCUUUGCCGUUCCGUUGGCUUUGCGUUACUUUUGUUUUAAAUACCUUGAUCGCGUUAAAAGAGUUAUUUCACAGCCCAGAGACAUAACCAAAAGACUUAGCUAAUCCGUCCCUGUGAUUUUAUUGAGAUAGACACAGAACUGAGGAUUUCAGAAAGCUUUAUCUGUUCCUUCCCAAAGUUGUAGUCAAGAUAUGUUGUUUACGUCCAACAUGCAUGCAUAAUAUAACAUAACUCAAAAUGAUUCAAGCAAAACCGGUUGUUAAAAGGAAGACUGGUUGAUAGAAAUUGGUCUUUAUGAGUGACAUAAUUGUUUGUCGUCAUCGAUCCGUGUCGUUCGUUGAACAAUGAAAAAAGUUGUCGUGAAAUUAGUGAAGAUAAAAUUGCAGUUUGUGAUAAAACUGCAGAUCUACGGAGCGGGAACUUUUCGGAUUUGAACUCAGCCAGUUCGAAAGUGUUAGUUCCUGUAAAAAUAUUUCAGUUCCAAGAUGGGUGAAAUGAAAGUGAACGAUAUCGGGACGCAUGCAGCAAACGGCCUACAUCACAAAUCUACAGUUUGCUGUUAACAUGUUAGAAAAGGUUGCAAUAGGUUCUUUCUUUUGUUGGGAGAGAAGACAUGUUCUGUAAAUAGAAGUUGGUGAACAUUACGUCACAUGGUACCAUGCAAUAUGGCUGCUUCGAGUCUCAUUAUAUAGCGUUCAGCGUAUUUAUAGCGUUCUAAAAAUCGUUUGAUUGUUAUAUACUAGGAUAAAGUAUUGUAAAAUGAUAUGUAAUAUCUGAUUUACUAAAAUAUAUUUUAAAUGAAGAAGUAAUUUUUUAACUUUCUAUAGGGAUUUCUUAUCUUUCUUAUUUAUGGAGUUUGCAAUGCAGAGGUGGGUUCUUUUUUUAUACAGACUUAUGAUCAGUUACAUUCAUAAACACCGAUGCCUUUAUUAUUAAUCCCUCGAAUCAUUUAUCUCAUCUUUUUGCUGUCUGUGGUUUUCUACUUUCUGUGGAUGGCAGGGCCUGACACAAAUCCCUGUCUGGACGCAUGUGAGAGAGACAAACUCCGGCUGUUCACCUGGCUAGUCUUUUUUAUUAAAUUGGUUAAUACGAAUUAUAAUUUACUGUUGAUCAUGAAAAAUUAAUAGUUUAAUUAAACUACAAUUACAUUAUUGCUGUUAGUGUGUGAAAUUGUUAUUAUGUCAAAUUUCCCCAAAAACAUUUUCAUUGGCUACUCAAAAUAUACCUAUUCUGGGAAGGGGGCGACCAGGUUAAUUACGGUGUUUAUCAGGCUCUAUUUUAUAGAUAUACUAAUGCAGAAUAGAUACUCAGAACUAGCAACAAAUUAAAUUUAUAGCUUUUGGAUAGUGAUAUAUACUGUGUAAAUAUCUGCACAAUUCCAAGUACCUUUCGGUCUAAUAACUGCAACCCCCUCCCCCCACACACACACAUCAUUGAAAGGAUCUGAGGGAACGGGGGGUCGAAUAUGUUGUAAACUUACAGCCUAUUUUAUAUUUUGUCCAAAGUGUUUUGUCACGAAUUGUAGUAAAGUUCUCUGGUCCGAAAAAACAUUUAGUAGUUGCCAUCCAUCGUAAACAUCGUUAAAUAACACGAAGGGGAAUUAAUGAGUGAAAUAAAUAAUUUGUUUAUGAAGAAUUCCAAUUUCAUAGUUUCUUAUGAUCAUUUUGGAUGAUUUCAGAAGAUCCUUUUAAUGAGUCAAAUAAAAAAGACUUCACGCUUUGGAGGGUGGGGGGGGGGGGUAACUUCGACAAUAGUCAAAUAAGGUAACAAGGGGGGAAUUAUACAGACCACUGUCACAUGACGGAGUAUCACACACCACUGUCACAUGACGGAGAAUUAAGAAUUCUGUCAGUGUGAAAUCCAUUCCACGAUAUGAUUGGAACUGCCAUGAAGUAUUUUUAUGCCGUGUAGUGGAUUGCAGGACGUUCACAUGCAUUAGACUCCAAAUUAGGCUCAUUCUUACAGCAUUAAUUAAUUCUAGUCUGUCGCAAAUUAUUAAAAUGAACGGAAACCACCUAAAUAAACCAUGUAGAUCGUGCCGCUUAUGAUAAAAAUAAAGGUUAACCUACACACGUAUUUAAAUUUCUCACAAAAUCCUUUAAUUAAGGUAUAGUUUUAUGUGUAAUUUUAUAUUUUCCAAACAAUAAUUUUCAUUUCUCUGCAGAUUCGAAUCGCAGUUGGUCGGAAAAUGGGCUAUGGCGUUAAUUCGGCCACUUCUAAUACAUAGUGCAGGU